AUCAUUACUAGAUGCCAUACCAACAGUCAUCUGGGUUAAGCUGCAACCAAAAUGGCAAAGUACAAGCUUGUUCUCUUAAGACAUGGAGAAGGAGCCUGGAACAAGGAGAAUCGCUUCUGCAGCUGGGUGGACCAGAAGUUGAGUAGCGAUGGGAUAAAGGAAGCUAAGAACUGUGGCAAACACCUUAAAGCAUUAGGUUUUGAGUUUGACCUUGUCUUUACCUCUGUCCUGAGCCGUUCCAUCCAGACUGCAUGGCUGAUCCUGGAAGAGAUGGGCCAAGAGUGGGUCCCCAUGCAGAGUUCCUGGCGACUGAAUGAACGUCACUAUGGUGCAUUGAUAGGUCUCAACAGAGCAGAAAUGGCUCUGAAUCAUGGAGAAGAGCAAGUGAAAAUAUGGAGGAGAAGCUACGAUGUUACCCCACCUCCCAUAACUGAAUCUCAUCCAUACUAUGACGAGAUUUGCAAUGAUCGCAGGUAUAAAUGCAGUGACGUCCCUCAGGAUCAUCUUCCAAAGGCUGAAAGCUUAAAAGAUGUGCUUGAUAGACUUCUUCCCUACUGGAAUGAAAAGAUAGUGCCCGAGCUGAAAAGUGGCAAAAUGAUCCUCAUAUCUGCCCAUGGCAACAGCAGCAGGGCACUACUCAAACACGUGGAAGGUAUAUCUGAUGAGGACAUCAUGAAUGUUACUCUCCCCACUGGAGUGCCCGUACUUCUUGAAUUUGAUGAGAAUCUACACCCUCUGGGCCCUCAUCGCUUUCUUGGUGAUCAAGAGGCUAUCCAAGCUGCGAUCAAAAAAGUGGAAGAUCAAGGGAAAGUUAAAUCAACUGAGAAGUAAAAUCCCACUGACUGACAAAGUCCUCCUCUCUAAAGUGUGUGGUAGUUAAGUGAUGCUUUGUGUGUGAGUGCUAGGUUGCACUGUGCAGAAGUCUAAAUUUCAAGCACUAAAUAAGUGGAAGGGACAGUUGUUGAGUCUUGGUCGGUAGAUAAACCCCCUUCCUUUCAGAACCGGAAUUCAAAUCUCAGUGUGAGAUAUGA